AUGUCUUUCACCCUGUCUUACCAGCAGAUGAGGCUGGUCAAGGCCACGAUCCCAACUCUCCGGGAGAAGGGAGAGACCAUCACGACAAUUUUCUACAGAGACAUGCUCAGGAAUCAUCCAGAGCUCAACAAUUUUUUCAACUCAGUAAAUCAAGCCAACCACAGACAGCCUCGAGCUCUAACGUCAAUCAUUCUUGCAUUUGCGAGUGCCAUCAACUACGAUAUGAGUGAGCUCAUCCCAAAGCUAGAGCGCAUGUGCAACAAGCACUGCUCCCUCGGAAUUAAACCAGAGCAUUACGAGAUAGUGGCCGUCUACCUCAUUCGGGCAUUCAAGCAGAUACUCGGUUCAGCAAUGACUCCAGACACAGAAGUAGCAUGGAAUAAAGCAUACUGGAUCCUCGCCAAGAUGCUCAUUGGACGGGAGAAGCAGAUAUACACAGCCUUCGGGAAAUGGUCAGGAUGGAAGCCAUUCAAGAUCGAGCGCAAGGAGUCUGAGACUGACGACAUUAUCUCGUUCUAUCUCACGCCUCAGGACAAGAAGCCCUUGCCUGGCUUCCUCCCAGGACAGUACAUAUCGGUGCAGACGAGCAUACCACACGUGGGAUAUUUCCAGUCGCGGCAAUUCUCCCUCAGCGAUGCGCCACAUGAGAGCUAUUAUCGCAUCACGGUUAAGAAGGAGUCUGGCCAAGCAGAGUAUCCCCCAGGUGUCAUGACGAGUUUUCUGGUAGACGCCCUCAGCCCGGGCGACUUCGUCGAUGUGACACACCCUGCGGGGGAGUUCUUCCUCGACACCAACGACUGGUCCAGCGUCCCCGUAGUGCUAAUCAGUGCCGGCGUGGGGGUGGCACCGAUGGUCAGCAUGCUCAACACAAUGAUGGACCUCCAGCCUAUGCGGGAGGUCAGCUGGAUCCAUGGGGCGAGGCGGAUGAUACCGUUUUACAACCACAUCAGGGACGUCAAGAAGAAGAUGCCGAACCUGAGGACAAACAUCUUCAAGACUCAUCUAGCCGAACAAGACUUGGCUGGUGUGACUUAUGACUACGACUUCCGCGUCGACCUAGCAAAGGUCAACCGAGAAGACUUGUUUCUGCACCAUGGUGGCACUGAGUACUUCAUCUGCGGGCCUGAGCAGUUUAUGAUCGAAAUGGCGGAUUACCUCAAGAUGCAAGGGGUUGGCAUACAACGCGUCAAAUUCGAGCUAUUCAGCACCGGUGAUAUGGUUGAAAUCAAGUAA